UGAAAUUAUUAAAGCACGUGUGAAGAGGCAGACGCAUAUAAACAUAAAUUUGUAAACCUCAGUGACGCAGCAAGCCGAGAGGAUAAUAAUAAUGUCUGAAGAAAUAAAUCCAAAAGCGUUUCCUUUAGCCGAUGCGCAAUUAACGGCAAAGAUUAUGAACUUGCUGCAGCAAGCUCUGAAUUACAGCCAACUUCGUAAAGGAGCUAACGAAGCGACAAAAACAUUGAAUCGAGGUUUGGCUGAUAUUAUUGUAAUGGCAGCCGACACGGAGCCAAUUGAAAUAUUGUUGCAUUUGCCGCUAUUGUGCGAGGAUAAAAACGUUCCGUAUGUGUUUGUUCGUUCCAAGCAAGCUCUCGGUCGUGCCUGUGGAGUAUCCCGCCCAAUCGUUGCAUGUUCAGUGACAACUAAUGAGGGCUCACAGUUAAAAUCACAAAUUACGUCUAUUCAGCAGGAAAUUGAAAGGCUCUUAGUCUAAUCGCAUUCUUCAUUAAAUAUAUCCAUUGAAAUAUUGUACAAAUUUUUGCAAGCGAAAUAAACUUCCAAAAAAGUGAUAUUCCUUUUGUAAACCCGCC